UAACAAUAUUAGAAUUUUGUCUGAGGGAAAACAACUACUUCGUCUACGAUGGAACCUUUUACCAGCAAGUACAAAAUUAUUGACGACAGCAUUAUCGAGCUAAGAAAUAAGGACAUAUGUAUCAAAUACAUUACCAAAUAUGUAGAUGAUAUAUUCGCUAUAGUUAAGACAAAAGACGUGGAAGAGAUAUUGAAAAUAUUUAAUCGACAGCAUACAAAAGUACAAUUCACACUGGAAAAGGAAAUAGAUAACAAAAUAGCCUUCCUAGAUAUUGAAAUUCAUAAGAGUGAAAAUAAAUUGAAAACUAACUGGUAUACCAAGAGCGUAGCAUCAUCAAGGAUGAUAAACUUUAAUUCUAAUCACCCGUGGGCCCAGAAGAAGAACACAGCAAUAAAUUUCAUCACCAAAGUUUACUCCUUGAGUGAUCCGGAGUUCAUAGAAGACAAUAGGGCUAAAAUAAAAAACAUUCUCUUCAAAAACGCAUAUCCCAGCGGAGUAAUAGAGACACUAAUAACAACAGCGAUAAAUAAAAUGAAAUGCAAUAACAACAUAACAAUAAAUAAAAAUAACACGAAAACAUACACAGGCGUCGCGUAUAUACCCAACCUAACGGACAACAAAACAUUGGGCAAAAUUAUUAAAAACAAUAACAUAUGCUAUGCACAUAAGCCACAUAACACGACCAGAAAUAUUUAUACCAAAACAAAGGACAAAAUUAACAAGGAACAACUACACAAUGUAGUCUACGAAAUAUCGUGCAAAGGAAAUGAAGGUGAAAGCUGCAAUAAAGUAUACAUUGGAACAACGAAGAGAGCAUUAGGAACCAGAAUCAACGAACACAAACUUGACGCCAAAAAUAAGAAAAACACCACAGCGUUAGCGCAGCACUUGACCACAAACAAUCACACAGCAGAUUUCGCCAACGCUAGAAUUUUAGACGUGGAGAACAGAACUAAAAAGCGGAUGACAUUAGAAGGGCUACGCAUACAACAAAAUAUAUGUAAAGCAAUGAACUACAAAGAAGAUGUUGACAAUAUAAACUGUGCAUAUGCUACUGCAAUAACACACAAUGUUUAAGCUAUCGGAAGAUAAAGAAGUUGCUAAAUGUUAAAUGUGGUGUCCGGAAAAUGUAUUUAUGUCGUUUUUUUUAAAUUGUGAAUAAUUAAACUAAUUUUUAUGUUAAUGUAAGUCAAAUAUGUUGAAAUCUAACUAUGUUUGUAUUGUUCUAAAUAAUUUUGCUUGUUACUAAUAAUGUUUUUCGUUUUUGCAAAUUAAUAAACAGACUCCCUGAAGAUGACGCGAAAAUGCGUCGAAACGCGUAGGAGAAAAAAAUAAACUUUGUUUUUAUU